AAUAUCUUUAUAGAUUUUAUUAUAUAUUUAUUUAAGAGCCAGAAUUAUAAUAUUAUUUUAAUUAUUAUAAACCGCCUAACUAAAAUAAAAUACUUAAUUUCUUAUAAUUUAACUAUUAAUAUACCCGCUGUGGCUAUAAUAUAUAUAUAA